AACAGUCGCGUCCAUGGCCCAUUUCCGCGCAAACAAACAUCCUGGCACCGCAACAGCAUGUUCGCCUACCUCGACGAGCACACGCCCCACCUGCGCCGCCUCCACGCCCAGCUCGCCCUCCCCGCCGCAGCCCUCGACCACGACCUCCACAGGAUCGAGGCAGCCGUCAAGGCCGUCAUCACAGGCAUCGUCCGCGAACGCGAGGCCCAGGUCGACCAGCUCAACGAUGACAUUGCAGCCGCCACGCGCGAUCUCGCCACCCUUGCACGGGCCGUAGGCGAUCGGCGCGAGAGGGACAGGGAGGCGGACGACUCGGAGACGCUGCCGCGCCAGCUCGAACGGCUGAACGAGCAGGCAGGGGAGUUGAAACAGGUAUACGACGAAAGAUUAGCGCAUAUCAGGCAGCAGCAGGCCACGCUUGAUAGACUGUCCACCCUCCUCGGCCCGCCGUGGCAGCCCUCGAAACCGCUCGAGGCUAUCGCGUCCACUUCUCGCUCCGCGAAUGCGCUUUCCGGUCCCUCGCACGCAUCAAGUGGAAUGGGCAUGGGACACGCCGAUGGAAAGAGGACUUCAGGCUCGACGCAGACGAUCGCCCAGGCCAUCGCCCUCGGCCACGCUCACACCGCCCAGGGGCAAACACCGCAUGAUACAGAGAGAGGGCAGUGGUACGACGUGAGGGAGAGUGUGGUGGAAGAGAUUGAUCAAGCUGUCACAUUGGCCUUGGCAGAACGCGACGCCCGCCGCCGCACGCUGUGCCAAUCGCUCUUCACCCUCACAUGGCUCCAUUCCGAACUCGCUCUCCCCCCGAUCCCGACCUCCUCCCCACACAAUUUCCCGCCCCACCUCUUACCGCCCUACGCAGAAGAAGAACAGCCGGGCAUGUACGCUUCCUACGAACGUCUUCUCCAUACGAUCAUCACCCUCAACCCGCUCCCGCCCAUGGACGAUGACAACGAAGAAUGGCCGAUGGUCGAGGAUCUGGAAGGGCUGGACGACACGGAGCCGGAAAUACCGCUGAUAGAGUGGGUGGACGAGACGAUGGAGCUUUGGACAAGUGAAAAGGAGGAACAUGAAGCGAGGAUACAAGAGUUGUAUAACAUGGUGGAACCCUUAUGGACGAAAUUGGGCGUAGAGCAGGAGACGAUGGAUUGUUUCGUAGAGAUGAAUAGGGGCAGUGGUGAAGCCACCAUCAGGGCUUACGAAGCAGAAUACGAACGUCUUCUCGAACUCCGCCGCGCUUCCCUCUCGUCCUUUAUCCUCUCCGCCCGCUCCACCAUCGUCGCCCUCCAAACAUCCCUCCUCAUGUCCCCCCGCUCCCAAUCGACUUUUUUCCCCGAGAUGCACGAUGACGAAUAUACCGAAGAUCUCUUACACCUCCACGAAAAGCAAGUCGAGCGGCUAGAAGAAGAAGUGGAGAGCAAGAAGAACAUCUUGCCCAAAGUGAGGGAAUGGUUCAAAUUGGUCGAGGAUGAAGAAGAGUUGGAGCGGAAUGAAAGGGAUCCGAACCGGUUUUCGCGAAGAGGCGGGGCCAUGCUGAGGGAAGAGAAAUUGAGAAAGCGGGUGAAUGUGCUGAAACCCAAGAUUGAGAUGGAUCUUCUUUCGCUGCUGCCCACGUGGGAAGAAGAGAACGGGAGACCGUUCAUGGUCUCGGGGCGGAGGGUGGUGGAUCGGAUACAUGAUGCGAUGGAGGAGAAGGAGUUGGUCAAGGAAGCGAAAAAGCGCGCUAAACAGGGACUCUUGCCUCUUCAUCCGUCGGCUUCUGGCCCGGCCGGCAACGCGCGCACACUCGUGCCGUCCAGAACCAUCCGCGCCACCCCGUCCCACGCGUCCUCUUCACGAUCCACUCGUCAGGCGGCGGCGACGGGAGGCGGGAUAUCGAAUCUGUAUUCGAAAUCAUCAACCGCUCCGAGCUCUACAAGUGCAGCGGGCACGGGUACGAGGUUGGGUAAGAGGCCGAUAGGUGCUUUGGCGUCAGCUUCGGGUGCGGGUGCGGGUGCGGGACCGGGGCCGACGCCGACAGUGGGGAAUAAACGAGCAAAAGUCGGGGCUGGUGUCGGGUUGGGUACCUCCAGGAACGCGGGGGCAGGGGUGGGAGCAGGAAGAGGGGUGGGAGCAGGAAGAGGGGUGGGGAGAAGUGUGUCUUCUCGCAGUGGAGCAGCCGGCGGAGGCGGGAGCCCGACACCACGACAUCGAGAUGUUUAUCCCCAUAACCAACAGCGUUCAGUCUCACAUCCAUCCGCCAUCCCAUCGCAUUCGACUUACCCCCCGUCCCAUACCAAUCUACCGGGUGUACCACCACCGCCAACGGGGGUGAAAUCGCUAGCGCUAGCACCCCCGCCGAAACGGGCAAUCAACCCCCUCGCUCUCGGUGCCGGGGGCCAGCUUCAUGCGGCGGAAGGAGAGGUGAGAAGAGCGCCGAGAAGGAGUUUUAAGCCCCGUUCGAGUGUCGUUCAUGGUACCCAUGGAUUAGGUGGCGUGGGCAGUAAUGGGAAUGCAAGUGCAAGUGCAAGUGCAAGUGGCGAAGGGAUAGGGAUAGAUGGUUUGGGAGGAUGGAGAGAAGGAUUGGAAGGGGAUGAUGGUGGGUUGGAAGGGGAUGAUGAUGUGUUUUGAGAGUGUGGCAGUCUGUUUUAUUCUGUACUUUUGUUUUGGGUAUCCUUUGUUUUUAGAUAUAUAUAUAUAUUUACGUUUGGUUGUGAUUCGUCGAUUUUUCCAUCUUAAACCUUUAUAUAUUUUAUUAUAUUAUUUCGGGUUAGUACUUUUACCUUUUUCAUCUUUUGAACUGUAAUCAUGUAGCG